GGAUUAGGUGGGAUGAGAUGGGACUUCAAAAUAAAAUGUCAUUUUUACCCUCCUCUCUCUCUCUCCCCCUCAUUGUCUUCGUUCUCCCAACCUUUGUCUCGCUUGUCACGGUCGACCGGUUGCUGUAGCUGCAGGCUAUGGCCGAUGCCAGAGUCUGCGCCUCCUCCGCCGGUGAAGCCCAGGCUGAAGCUGGGAACUUAUGUGAUCCAGAUCCCCAGAGAUCAAAUCCUCCGCGUUCAUCCGCCCGAGAACACCAAAUGCCUCUAGCAACUCUCCAAGCGCAAGCCCGGCCGCAGUACCUGCCGUCGAUGGUGCUGCUGCUGCUUCUUCUUGUCCAUCCUUCUCCUUUUCCUCCUCGCCACGUUUGCUUCCGGCGUGCUUUACUUGGCAUUCAGACCCAAAUUACUUGGCUACAAAGACUGUAGUUUUUUAUUUAGUAAUAUCUAUUGCAAUCGAUCUUCAGUUCCAGAAUCGAAGAGAACGAUGUUCGAGCCACAGCAUUUUGUGGAUUUGCAAGAAAAUUCAAGUUUCGGAGAUCAGAAUUCAUGGUUGUUGGGGGAGGUUGACUCGUCGCCGAUAAACCGUCGAAUUCAGUCUUCACUCUCUAACUCCGCCGCGAACGGCAAUGUGGGUCGCGUCUUCUAUAACGAUCUAGUUGAGAUGAUCCCUCUUGUUCAGUCUCUCAUCGUAAUUCUCUCCCUCUCUAUGCUUAAAUGGAUUUGCAUAUAAUUUGUAAUUUCUUUUUCCAAAUUUCUUGGCUUUUGUUUGGUCAGUGAGAAAAUGAUAGUGGGGAAUGUGAAAGGAAUUAAAUUUAUUGGUUUAAU